GGGGGGGGAGGGUGUGCACUAGUGAGUGGGUGGCUGCACCACUUCUUCUGGGAGCGUCACGGCAGCCACCCACCCUCCUGCUGUGUUCCUCUUCAGUCCGGCUCUCCCUCGUCACCAGGCGUCACCCGUCUCUGGGAGUGAGAAUCAUAAGGAAAGAUGAGGCGUGAAGCUGUGUUAAUACUUGGAGCCACUUUCAUCUUUUGUCAAGUUAUGGCAAAUGUUCCACCGAAAGAAGAUAUGUGUGGGAUGAUCGUGGAUGCUGAGGUGGAGCAGCAGUGCUUGAGGUGCUUCAAGGAGGCAGGACACAUCAGUCAGAAUCCUGAGGAAGUAAGAAACUGCACAGCAAACUACCUGCCUCCUGACCUUGCUGAGUGCAGUGUUCCUCAUGUUGAAAAACCAGGUGCCCUUCGGAUCCAUCAGGGCGGCGGAGAAUAUCAUAACAACCACACCAACGCUAACUACCUGCCUUCCUGCCUCAACAGAAGACUGAGGAAACUUGUUGACUAUCAAAAGCGUGAGGAGAGGUUUGUCCGACAGGCGAGUGGGGGGGUGCAGUACAUAGUGGAGUCAACACUGGUCAGCCACGGAGGCCCCACCAUGCUCAGUAUCCAGGCCAUGGCCUCCAUCCUGCAGCUCCCAGGGGUCAAGAAUCUUGUGGAGGCAUCUGCAUCUCACUGCCAGGAGAAGUAUGGAGAAGAAAGGCAACAGCAAUGGGAAAAAGACCUGUGGGAGGCAAAAGAUGAACAUGACUUUGUAUGGGAGGACAUGAUGGAAGAGGAGGAUGAGGAAGGGGAUAUGGAAGACAUGUAUGAGAUGGAUGAAGACAUUGCAUCUAUGAAGGGGUCUACAAGGGCUGCAGCCGGUAAUAACCUUCCCUUUGAGGGCACAAACAACCUUGCCAGAAGUGUCUUGCUGUAUGAGUGCAUCACCUCAGCGCUUUUUGGCAGUGGGGCAGGAACACAGCUGCUGGAGGUAGUGAUGCAAGCUGACUUCUACAAUCCUGUCCCUGAGUGGUGGGUGAAGCCGUUGCUGAUGACUGCCAAGAGUAGGACUGCCCAGUGAAACCAAGAACUGUUCAAGAGAAAAAAUAACAAGAGAUGAAAGAAAAGAAUCGAUUGUAUCCAGAACAAAUAUUUUGAAGAGUACUAUCAGAAAUAGAAACCAUAACGCUUAGACAUGCAUGGGUAAUUAGAAAAUAUUAGUAGAUGUGUUAUACUUUUUUUUCAUUGAUAACUAUGAUGACCAAUGUACAGCCAUACAGAAUAAUUAUUUAUAGAUAAUAAUUCAUGUACAAGAGCAUGUAUAAUUGGCAUGGAGAUUCCUUAUAAAAUUAUGUUGAAUAGCUGUUGUGCUAUGUUACUUAGUAAAUCUUUCUUGAUGUGUCAUUUUGAAUUUAUCGAGUUCUGUUCUUUACUAACACCUGGAGGGAUUUUUGAUUGAUUACUUGCACGUCUUAACCACUCUUGUGUUGUGUAGGUUUACGUGAGUCAGGCCACCACUGAGUGAAAUUAUAAGGAAAAAUGGAAAUAAAGGUCCGUCAAGUGUUUACCCCAAAGUGAAACUCUCCAAUAAAUAUAUUAAUAGCAAAGCCAAUAAUCUGCUCCUUGA